UUCAGCUCUACCAUCUCCCACCUCUUUUCCCUCCUCCAGUCAGUAACUCUUCUUGCCUGUUCACUCGAUGCCAACCCCUGUAUGCAAGCUGUUGUAUUCUACUGCUCUACUUUUCAAGGCUGGACUGCCAACAUGGAGCGCAUCAUGCAAGCCCUGGCACUUCGGGACAACUCGACCAUGGGCUACAUGAUGGCCAAAAAGCAUCUGGAGAUCAAUCCUGGCUACCCGAUUGUGGAGACCCUGCGGCAGAAGGCAGAAGCAGACAAGAAUGACAAGGCCGUCAAGGACCUGGUGGUGCUGCUGUUCGAAACUACACUGCUCUCUUCCGUAGAAGAGAAUUUGUAUCUUUUCAAAUUCUAUUGUUUGAGUGUGCCACAGUUUAUUUAUCCAUUAACCCACUGAAGGAUGUCUUGGUAGCUUCUAAG